AGCUGCCCCAUUCCCCGCCCUCUGUGCCCCCUGGUGCUGUGCCCGUUCCCAGCUGCUCAGGCUGCCAGGGCCUGGAGCUACAAAGGCUCUGGGCUUGACAGCCCCCUUUAUGGAUCAUCUCUGGCAGAUUUAGAGGUGAAACUGAUGCGUGUCUCCCCACCCAUUGUUCCCUUCAGCAACACCCAGUCCUUGGGGGAAGCAAGAAAAGGGCUUCCAUGCACAGUUGCGCGCAGCUGCAGGCCGCUGGCCCCGGAGCCUUCAUUGCCUAGCAGGGUCUUUGUGAGGUCACACUCACAUUCCAGGUUCUGAGGAAACAAAGGCCUCUACUGCUCAUCGCUGCUCCUGCCAAAGCAAGACCAAGGAAGAACACCUGUUCUUCUGCCAGGCUUCCCACCCCACUGCCCUAGCAUAGUACUGCCUUCGGCCGCUCACAUUCUUGGCACUUCUCUUGUGGCACUUCAGGUGUCCCAUAUUUUCCUAGAAAAUUCAUCACCUGGUGUAGCACAUGUUGCCCUGUUACGGUCACACCCCCUGCACUGAUCUCACUCAAAAGGAAUUACCUGUUUUGUACUACUUGCUUUGCCAGGCAAAACAGUCUUCACCCUUGGCCAGUUGUCUGACAGCACAGCAGCUGGCCUUCAAGCUGCCUUUUUCUACUGCCUUGUUCUUGACACCCCAUUGAAGUGAGCACAAGCCCUACUUCCUGUGCUGGAAGUAACGUGCCUUAGCCCCACACCAAGUCUCCAAGCCCAAGUCCAUGGGCCUUGAAGAUGGCCUCGGAAGCGGUGAAAGUGAUUGUGCGUUGCCGCCCUUUGAAUGAGCGUGAAAAGCAGCUGGGCUGCAAGGUGGUGCUCAGCAUGGACAGCUCCUGUGGCCAGUGCUUUAUCCAGAACCCUAUGGCAUCAGAAGACCCACCCAAACAGUUCACCUUUGAUGGGGCGUAUAACAUGAGCCACAACACAGAGCAAAUCUAUAAUGAAAUUGCCUACCCCCUCAUAGAGGGUGUUACAGAAGGCUAUAAUGGUACCAUCUUUGCCUAUGGGCAGACGGGAAGCGGGAAGUCUUUUACCAUGCAAGGGAUUCUGGAUCCAUCUUCCCAGAAGGGCAUAAUUCCCAGAGCAUUUGAACACUUAUUUGAGAGUGUGCAGUGUGCCGAAAACUCCAAGUUCUUGGUAAGGGCUUCUUACCUGGAGAUCUAUAAUGAAGACAUCAGAGACCUCCUUGGUCCAAACACCAAACAAAAACUGGAGCUGAAGGAGCAUCCAGAGAAAGGGGUCUACGUGAAAGGCCUGUCGCUGCACACGGUGCACAGCAUCUCCCAGUGUGAGCGCAUCAUGGAGAUGGGCUGGAGAAACCGUGCCGUGGGCUACACCCUGAUGAACAAGGACUCCUCCCGCUCCCAUUCCAUCUUCACCAUCAACAUGGAGAUCUAUGUCGUAGAUGAGAGGGGGCAAGAUCACCUGAGGGCUGCAAAGCUCAACCUAGUGGACUUGGCUGGGAGCGAGAGGCAGUCCAAAACUGGAGCUGUUGGCGAACGCCUCAAAGAGGCCACCAAAAUCAACCUCUCCCUCUCGGCACUGGGCAACGUCAUCUCAGCCCUGGCAGACGGGAGGUGCAGACAUGUGCCCUACCGAGACUCCAAGCUGACUCGGGUGCUGCAGGACUCGCUUGGAGGCAAUACCAAGACACUCAUGGUAGCCUGCUUGUCUCCUGCGGACAACAAUUACGACGAGACUCUCAGCACCUUGCGCUAUGCCCACCGAGCCAAGAACAUACGGAACAAACCCCGCAUCAAUGAGGAUCCCAAGGAUGCUCUGCUGAGGGAAUACCAAGAGGAAAUCAAGAAGCUGAGAGCCAUCUUGGCUGAGCAGAUGAACAUAAGCCAUUUGCAAGUGGAGUUGUCUCACAUGCUGCCUCCUGAGGCUGCUCAGCCUGAGGCGAAGCCAGAGCCCUCUCUUGAAUCCCUGGCAGAUAUUGAGAAAGAGAAGCAGCUAAUUCGAGAAGAGUAUGAGGAGAGGCUGGCGCGGCUGAAGGCUGACUACGAAGCUGAACAAGAAUCUCGUGUCCGGCUGGAGGAGGAUAUCAGCGCCUUGAGGAAUGCUUAUGACAUGAAGUUCCAUACUUUAGAUGAGAACCUCCAAAAGGAAGCAGAAACCACCCAGACAGUUGAAGCCAUUGCUGACCAAGCUUCUUUGCCUCCAGGCCUUGCUAAAGAAACUGAAGUGUCAGCCAAGGUACCCAGGAAGGAGUCCAACACAACCGAGCCGCCUGUUCCUUCUAUGGCCCAGAAUUUGGAGAAAGCUGUCAGACCGGGGACACCUGGGACUGAUGUGGCUGAGGAACUCCCAGUGGCAGUGAACCAGCAGCAAGUACUUGCCAGAUUGCAGAUGCUGGAGCAGCAGGUGGUGGGAGGUGAGCAGGCCAAGAACAAAGACCUGAAGGAAAAGCAUAAACGGCGAAAGAAAAUUGCCGAUGAGCGGAAGAAGCAGCUGCUGGCAGCUUUGCAGAAAUCAGAUGAGGACAGCAGUGACUGGGUCCUGCUCAACGUCUAUGAUUCCAUCCAGGAAGAAGUGCGAGCCAAAAGCAAAUUGUUGGAGAAGAUGAAGGAAAAGCUGAGGGUUGCUGAGACUGAAAUCAAAGACCUUCAAUCCGAAUUUGAAAUGGAGAAGAUUGAUUAUUUGGCCACCAUCCGCCGCCAAGAGCGGGAGCUCCUCCUUUAUCAACAGCUACUGGACCAGGUGCAACCCCUCAUACGGCGGGACUGUAAUUACAGCAACUUUGAUAAAAUCAAACGGGAGUCCACGUGGGAUGAAGAAUCAGGCUGCUGGAAAAUCCCAGAGCUUGUCACUCAAAAGACCAGUCUCCCUGCAGCAGUUUCAUCGUUGUCACAGACCAAAGCAGGCAGGAAGAGCUCAUCAUCGGAGAAUGGGGAUGCAGCAGCAAUGCAGGAAGAAGACCGCUAUAAAGUGAUGCUGAGCAAGAGUGAUAGUGAGAAUAUUGCCAGUAACUAUUUUCGCUCAAAACGAGCAAGCCAGAUUCUCAGUGCUGACCCCAUGAAGAGUCUAGCUUCCCAUAAUUCUCCCCCUUUGCUGAACAACAAUACCUCCAUCCUGACUUCCAGCCUGGCUCCUAUUCCCCCUGCCCAAACGGUGGAGAUGCCCCAGCCACGUCCCUUUCGUCUCGAAUCUCUGGAUUUCUCCUCUCCGUCAGCCAAGACAAAGCGCAAGAAAAGCCGGAACAACUUGAGUGGCGGCGACCCUCUCUGACUGCUGUGGUUGUUGGUCUGCUUGCCAGGCUAGUCAACAUCUGGACACCCUUCCUUGACCCCCAUUUUGGGGACCAUAGCUGCUUUUCAAAGGGAUCCAUGGCUUUUCUUUCCCUUUUGAGGAGAGUGAAAGCAAUUAAAUGCUGCUUCCCACAGACGAUAGUGUGGUCAGCCCUCCAUGUUCAAGGUGGAGCUGAUACCUCUCUCACAGUUGCCUAUUCCUUUGCCAUUUUGUAGUGACCUUGCCUUUCAGUCUGCUCUCCCUCUCCCAAUCAUUGAAAUGCACGGCAGCAGGAAGCGAACUCAAACCCAGAACAGAUGGAUUAAGAAUUCUUGGUGGUGGACCUUAAGAUUAUCCAAGUGUUGCCUUUUGCCUCCCUAAUUUGUUGUAGGAAAGGACGCUAGUGGGCAUAAUCUGGCAGAAAAUCCCAAAGCCCAUUUAAUAGCCUGUAACAUCACUGCCCUGCCUGUUUAGCUCAGUUUAGAUCCUGACUCUGCUCUCAUUUUGGAUUUUGAGGGAUUCUGAAGCAGACAGACAAGAGGAGAAGGGAGAUCCAUUCUACACUUAAGAGCAGAAUAGUGGCUGAAGGGGGUUGAAUUUUGAGUAGUUGAGAAGAACAGUGCUCAAAGCAGAACCUGCACAGUUUAAAUUUAUGCUGUGCUGGAUGGGAAAUGCCUCCUGGGAGCUGUCCGCCUGUCAAGCAGCGUUCAAGGGGAGCUGAGAGGGCUGAGUAAGGCUGGGAAGCUCCACUGUCCAUCUAGGCAGGGGGUCAGAGAAAGGGAGGGUAUGUCUGCCCAGCUCACAAUGCCUGGGCUGCCCCAGAAGCUGGACUCCAGAAGCUUCUCUCCUGCUCUUCACUCAGCAGCCCAGCAUUUCAUUGCAGCUCAGUUGCAUCCCCAUAUAGGGUGUUGGAGGGGAGGAUUGCGGGGGAGGGGGGCAGAUAGACAGAUUUCCCAGAUUAUUUCUCUUCUGCUCAGAAGGCACAGUACGGUUUUUCUACACCCCAUUGUUCUUGGGGACAUCAUUAAAUUAAUUAAUGUCACCUUCCAAAGCUCUUCAGUUUUACAUUUUUAGCUAGAGCAAUUUCUUGUCACUUCUGCAGCCUGAGAUGACCUCAGUCCAGCAGGCACUUCCCUCCUCCUUCACCAUAGCAAGAGAAUACACUCUUAAAACAGUUUCACUGCCACGCCUUAGCCACUGCUUUCUUCAAGCCCAUUUCAAGAUGGAUGCCUCACCACAGAACGCGGGCUUUUGAUACUGCACAAUAAUUCACCAGCUUUGUGCACUAGAUGAGAACAGUUGAAAACGGGAGUGGGAGUAAGAGUAGCACAUUCAUGUGGGAGUCAGAUGUUAAUUUAAGGUACUGCUCUCUGUCCAUGUGUUAGUUGAUUUCUUUGUUUUCACCUUUUAUGUGAGCACAAUAAACUGCCUGUUAACGAAA